AUAGAGAAGGCGCAUGUGUGAUGAGUGUGUAUGUAUAUGUAGACACUGCCCACCGCUGUCGCGCUCCCCCCAUCUUGCAUGUCUACCGCCGGACGGAGUCGCACCAGGGUUCGUGCCACUGCAGGGGAAGAAUCCCGGCAAGAAUGGAUUUCUAACAACGUUUUCAUUUCUGUCCUUUACCCAACUGACGUCAUCCUCAAUGUCUCUCACAAAUUUGAACUAACAAAAUGAGGAUUUCUUGUAAUCAGCUUUUACUGCUAUUCUCUUGCGUUUGGGGACUUACUAUGGGUGCUUUUCCGAGCAGCGUUCAAAUCGGCGGGCUGUUCAUCAGGAACACAGAUCAGGAGUACACUGCCUUUCGGUUGGCCAUUUUUCUACACAACACAAGCCCUAAUGCAUCUGAGGCCCCCUUUAACCUGGUACCCCACGUGGACAACAUUGAGACUGCCAACAGCUUUGCUGUGACCAAUGCCUUCUGUUCACAGUACUCACGGGGCGUUUUCGCCAUUUUCGGCCUGUACGACAAGAGGUCGGUUCACACGCUGACGUCCUUCUGCGGCGCACUGCACAUCUCCCUCAUCACGCCCAGUUUCCCCACCGAGGGCGAGAGUCAGUUUGUCUUACAGCUGCGGCCCUCCAUACGAGGGGCCCUUCUCAGCCUGCUAGACCACUACGACUGGAAUCGAUUCGUCUUUCUCUAUGAUACGGACAGGGGGUAUUCAAUACUGCAGGCUAUCAUGGAAAAGGCGGGUCAGAACAGUUGGCAGGUCAGUGCCAUAUGUGUCGAGAAUUUUAAUGAUGCCAGUUACCGGCAGCUUCUGGAAGACCUGGACCGCAGGCAGGAAAAGACGUUUGUUAUAGACCUGGAGGCAGAGAGACUGAACAACAUGCUGGAACAGAUUGUGAGUGUCGGCAAGCAUGUCAAAGGCUACCAUUACAUCAUGGCAAAUUUGGGUUUUAAGGACAUCAAUCUGGAGCGUUUCAUGCAUGGGGGAGCCAAUGUGACAGGCUUUCAGCUGGUGGACUUCAGCAAUCCCAUGGUUAUUAAACUCAUGCAGCGAUGGAACAAGCUGGACCAGCGCGAGUAUCCCGGCUCUGACGCUCCUCCCAAGUACACUUCCGCUCUGACAUAUGACGGAGUGAUGGUGAUGGCAGAAGCCUUCAGGAACCUCCGCAGACAGAAGGUGGACAUCUCCCGCAGGGGCAACGCCGGUGACUGCCUGGCCAACCCUGCUGCCCCCUGGAACCAGGGCAUCGACAUGGAGCGCACACUCAAACAGGUGCGCCUCCAAGGAUUAACAGGAAAUGUCCAGUUCGACCACUACGGGCGCAGAGUCAACUACACUAUGGAUGUUUUUGAAUUAAAAAGUAACGGCCCCAGAAGGAUUGGAUAUUGGAAUGAUGCUGAUAAAUUGGUCCUGACCCAGGAUCAAGCCUUGCUUCCCAAUGAAACGUCUGGCAUGGAGAACAGAACCGUGAUUGUAACGACUAUCAUGGAAGGGCCUUAUGUAAUGCUGAAGAAGAACUGGGAGAUGUACGAGGGGAACGAGCAAUAUGAGGGAUACUGCGUGGAUCUGGCAUAUGAAAUUGCUAAACACAUUGGUUUCAAGUAUAAGAUCUCCAUCGUGCCUGAUGGAAAGUAUGGAGCUCGUGACCCAGAGACAAAGAUCUGGAAUGGGAUGGUUGGGGAGCUGGUGUACGGGAAAGCGGAAAUCGCUGUGGCCCCAUUGACUAUUACGCUGGUCCGGGAGGAGGUCAUUGACUUCUCGAAACCCUUCAUGAGUUUGGGCAUCUCCAUCAUGAUCAAGAAGCCCCAGAAAUCCAAACCGGGAGUCUUCUCCUUCCUGGACCCGCUGGCCUACGAGAUCUGGAUGUGCAUUGUGUUCGCCUACAUCGGCGUGAGCGUGGUGCUCUUCCUGGUCAGCCGCUUCAGCCCGUACGAGUGGCACACCGAGGAGCCCGAGGAGGGCACUGACGGUCUGCCAAGCGACCAGCCCCCCAAUGAAUUUGGGAUCUUCAACAGUCUCUGGUUCUCCCUCGGAGCCUUCAUGCAGCAGGGUUGCGACAUCUCGCCCAGGUCUCUAUCCGGACGCAUCGUGGGUGGAGUGUGGUGGUUUUUCACCCUCAUCAUCAUCUCCUCCUACACAGCCAACCUGGCUGCUUUCCUCACUGUGGAGAGGAUGGUGUCGCCCAUUGAGAGCGCUGAGGACCUGGCCAAGCAGACAGACAUAGCGUAUGGUACUCUUGACUCAGGCUCCACCAAAGAGUUCUUCAGGAGGUCAAAGAUCGCCGUUUAUGAGAAAAUGUGGAGCUACAUGAAGUCUGCCGAGCCCACGGUGUUCACUAAGACCACGGGAGAGGGAGUGGCACGAGUGAGAAAAUCCAAAGGGAAGUACGCCUUCCUGCUGGAGUCCACAAUGAACGAGUACACGGAGCAGCGCAAACCCUGCGACACCAUGAAAGUGGGAGGAAACCUGGACUCCAAAGGCUACGGGGUGGCGACGCCUAAGGGCUCACAGUUAAGAAGUGCAGUUAACCUGGCAGUUUUAAAACUGAAUGAACAAGGCCUGUUGGACAAAUUGAAAAACAAGUGGUGGUACGACAAAGGAGAGUGUGGCAGCGGAGGAGGUGGUGAGAAGAACCCCCGUAAACCUUGCCGUUUUGAAACUGAGUGAAUCAGGCAUCUUAGACAAGCUGAAAAACAAAUGGUGGUACGAUAAGGGCGAGUGUGGACCCAAGGACUCGGGAAGUAAGGUCAGUCUCCACAAGUCUGGGACCAUCACUGUUGUCUAAUGCUCAGUGAGGCAGAAAGUCGCCAGUAUCUAGCGCAUGCUCAUCUUUAGGGAGAUUUUAGAUAUGCACCAAGCAGGAUACUUCUAGCAUGCCCUGCUUCUCCACACUAAAUGUCUUCUUAGAUGCAUCUCUGCUUUUAGUAACAUACCUAGUACCUGAGAGGAAUGGAAGUGACUGGGCUUUUGAAGGCAUCAUACAUUUAUUUAACCGAGCAUACCAUUGAAUUCUUUUUGCAUGACAACCCAAGCAAGCCUGACUUUUGUGGAGCGAGAAACACACCACAUGUGGAGAUAUAUAAGCUAGAACACAGUGAGAAGUUAAAACCCUGUCACAGUGUGGAGCUAUAGCGAUCCAUCUGAGAGAAAAAUGAAAGCAUCUCCUGUAAUUACUUACUAAUUGUCAAUCUUUAAGAUGCUGUCAAAGCAUCGAUGCCUGAUAGAAGUCGCCACGAAAGCAUCAGCUUUUCAGAUUAGCCUGCAAGCGAAAGGUUGAUUUUGAGGAACAGUAUAAAUGUCUGUAAACUGUGUGUGAAUGUGUUUUGGUAGUGAGUAGUUCUCUGAAUGUGUGCGUGAAAGUGUACGUCGGCACCGCUCCCACCACGUUAACUUCCUGUCUUCUUGUUCCUUUCCUUCCUCUCGCAUCUAGGACAAGAGCUCACAGGCCCUUAGCCUCAGUAAUGUGGCUGGGGUCUUCUACAUUCUGGUCGGGGGCCUGGGCCUGGCCAUGCUGGUGGCCCUCAUCGAGUUCUGCUACAAGUCCCGAAAUGAGGCCAAGAGAAUGAA